AUGGCGCCCAACCACCACCACCACCACCAACAGCAGCAGCAGCCCUCCAUCCGGUCCUUCUUCCAACCCAAGCAGCUGCCCAAGUACGCCGCCCCUCCGUCGUUGUCGCAACCAGGAGCUACUGCUGCCCCAAUCGUCGCAGCACCGCCUGCGCCUGCACCGGCAGCGCCUCCUCUUCCGACCUCACCAGCGUCUCUCCCUCUCACGACGCCUCCUCGCUUCCCGCCCGCGCCCUCGCCGCACCCGAGCGCGACCAUCGUCCCCAUCGCCGCGCACCACAUCCCCGCCCUGCGCCGCAUCAACGCCCUCCUGCUGCCCGUCAACUACACCGACUCCUUCUACGCCGCCGCCCUCGACCCCGCCGUGUCCGGGCUGCUCUCCCGCGUCGUCCUCUGGCAGGAUGACCCCCAGCAGGAACCCAAGGUCGUAGGCGGCAUCGUCUGCCGCGUCGAGCCCAGCCCCUUCGCCCUGCCGUCCGGCGCGUUCGACCCCAAGCUCGCCGCCGCCGCGCAGACGUCCGUCGGCCCGGCUGCCUCCCACGCCGUCUACAUCCAGUCGCUGGGCCUGCUGGCGCCGUACCGGGGGCAGGGCAUCGCCGCCGCCGCCGUCGAGGCCGUGGUGCGCGACGCGGCGGCACUGACGGCGGACCCGGCCAGCAGCCUAGCCGUCACGACGCUGUACGCGCACGUGUGGACCGAGAACGAGGACGGCCUGCGGUGGUACGCGGCGCGCGGGUUCGUGCGCGAUGUCGUCCUCGGCGGGUACUACUUCAAGCUGCGGCCGGACACGGCGUGGAUCGUCAAGCGGGCCAUUGGCACCGGUACUGGCACUGGCACUGGCACUGGCACUGGCAACCGAGCUGGCUACGUCCCGCCGACGGGCAUGGCCGUCCCGCAGGCCGCUCCUCCGAUCACCACGAGCACCACAGCCGCCGCCGUGAACCUCUCCGGCUUCUCUGGUGCCACGGCACCACCGCAGUUGGCUAGAGCGCCCUCCAGCAGUACCAAUAUCAACAACCCCACCCCGCCAGUAAGCCACUCCGCCUCGCCGUCGCCCGCGCCCUCCUCUCUCUCCUUCCAGAACAAGCGGCCAGACAUGGAGUGGAACGACCUGCCGGAAGACAUGGUCUCGCGGAACAGCUCGCGGAGCGACCUGCUGUCACCACCACUUCCACCGAACGGCAGCAGCGGGGCAGCAGCAGGAGGAGGAGGUCCGCCCAGGUCCGGCGCCAGCUCGCGGAGCAGCUCGACGGCCCCCGGGCGCAAGAAGAAGGAUCGGGCGUAUCCGGCGGCUGCGUUUGGGAACUGA